AUGGAUAUGCUUGAUGAUAAAUGUAGCGAUGCUAUUGGAAGCAUUUCCAAUAUCGGUUUGGAUAAUGAGGUAGGCAAACAUAAAUUUCAGUAUGAUGACUUCGGGAGCAGCGCAUUUUCUGAACCGUUUGAGAUGGGAUCACAAGAUAAUAAUGACAACAUAGAGGAUUUUUUGUUCUUCAAUAUAAAUCUAAGCCAGGAGAUUAAGUUCGAGAGCCAAGAACAGUAUGAGAACACGAAAAAGACAAAGAAACACAACCCGUUCUAUGUGCCAUCAGAAGUAGUGCGUGAAAUGGUCAGGAAACAGGCGUUUAAUGACAAAAUAUAG